CCUCGCCUGGAUCAUGUCUUCUGUCAAGGUUCUUGCCGCCGUGCUCGCCCUCGUGGCCGCCGGCGUCGCCCGCCCAGACCACGGCGCAGCCCAACCUGCCCCCCAGCCUACCUAUGAUGCACCCCUGCCGCCACCCACCUAUGACCCUCCCCCCCCUCCUCCCCCCCCUACCUAUGCCCCUCCUCCCCCACCUACCUAUGCCCCUCCACCCCCACCUACCUAUGUCCCUCCUCCCCCACCCACUUAUGCCCCCCCUCCACCAUCCACCUAUGCCCCCCCUCCACCACCCAAGUAUGGUCACCCUGAGCCAGAGACAGCGAAACCCACCUACUCCUUCGACUGGGCCGUCAAGGACGACUACUCCGGCAACGACUUCGGUCACAAGGAGACCCGCGACGGCUACAACACCGAGGGCUCCUACUACGUGCUGCUGCCCGACGGCCGCGUCGAGAAGGUCACCUACACCGUCAACGGCGACUCCGGCUUCGUGGCCACCGUCGAGUUCGAGGGCGAGGCCAAGGUGGAGGAGAAGCCCUAUGGCCAAACGCCCACCCCAACUUACGGCCAGACGCAUCCCCCGGCGUAUGCCAUCACUCAUGCUCCGGCUUACGCCUAAUCAAUGCGUACCAAUGCAUCCUUACCCAGAUCUUGGUAUCACAAACACACAUCUCACAAAUGACUUAAACCAAAGUUUUCUUUUUAUUGAUCCGAAAAUACUUAUAUUGUAUGCGAGUAAAA